AUGGCUUCGGGAGAACCUAUACUCUACAGUCUGUACGUCUACGCCCCUAACAAAUGGGCGCCCAUCGUGUUCAUCGUCCUGUAUGGUGUUUCGGCCGUCUUCCACGUCUGGCAAUGCUACCGUUAUAAAGCCUUCAAGCUAAUCGGCCUGCACCCUGCCUGUGCGAUCUUGUUCACGGCUGGCUACUCUCUACGCGAGUGGGGAUCGUACAACUACCUUUAUAGCAAAUCGACAAUAGCCCCCCUUUUGGUCUUCAUCUUCAGCCAGGUCUUCAUCUAUGUCUGUCCUCCCCUUCUCGAACUCGCAAACUAUCACGUCCUCGGCCGGAUUUUCUAUUACGUCCCCCACUGUGCGCCGCUCCCUCCAGGUAAUGUCUUGGCUAUAUUCGGAGGGCUCAUGGCCGUCGUCGAGCUUCUCAACGCUCUCGGAGUCUCUAUGUCCGCCAACCCCGCUUCCAAGCCCCAGACACAGACGCUCGGUAGCCAUCUCACGGUAGCCGCCAUCGGCAUACAAGUCGCCCUCAUUAUAACAUUUGUCUGCCUCGCCGCGCUUUUCCACUCUCGCGUUUCUCGGACCAAGAUACGCUCCCGCUCCGUCACGACAAUGCUAUUUGUGCUCUAUACGAGCAUGGCCCUGAUCUUUGUCCGUUGCAUCUAUCGACUGGUGGAGCACACCGGAAGCACCAAGGUCGAUCUCGACAAUAUGGAGGCCCUAAGGCAACUGAGUCCCAUCUUGCGAUACGAGGUCUACUUUUACAUCUUUGAGGCGACUCUGAUGCUGGUCAACUCGCUUAUUUGGAAUAUCUGGCACCCCGGACGGUUUCUGCCAAGGGAGUAUAAUGUUUAUCUCGCACCGGACGGAGUGGAAGUUGAGGGUGAGAGGGACGUGGACGCUCGACCUCUAUGGGCGAGACUUGCAAACGUGUUUACGUUUGGAAUAUUCUUUCGUAGAAAGAGGCGGCCUCAAGACCAGAGUAUCAAGCUUCGGGGGCGCUCUCAGAGCAAUGGGACCAGUGGGGAGCAGGCGUCUUCUCUUUUGUCGCCACUUGCUGGAACCAAAUGA